AUGGCGGCGGCGAUGGUGAAGAAGUACGGUCCUCUCGCCGGCAUGCUCUACGUUCAGGUGGCCUACGGCGCGAUGUUCCUAAUCAGCCGCUUCGCCCUCACCAACGGCAUGAGCCACUACGCCUUCGUCCUCUACCGGCAGCUCAUCGCCUCCGUCGCCAUCUUCCCCGCCGCUUACUACUUCAACAGUUCGACGCAACUCAGCACGUUAAGUUGGAAGAACUUGAAGCAUAUCUUCUUCCUCGCUCUGAUCGGGUGCAUCGAUCGCGUGUCGAUCGUGCAGGACGAGCAUAAGUCAAAAUUUCUACUACGCCGGACUUGCGCUCACUUCCUCCACUUUCGCCAGCACCAUGAACAAUCUCCAACCCGCCAUCACUUUCCUGCUGGCCUAUCUCCUCAAUUGUUGAUCAGAUUGGAAGAGGUAAAAAUAAGGAGAUUGGAAGGGCAAGCAAAGGUGGUCGGAACCCUAGUGUGUGUUGGAGGUGCAGUGGUGAUGACUCUCUCCAAGGCUCAUGGUGAGGGCCUGCAUGAAGUGCUCAAGCUGGUCGUCCAUGGCGAGAGCUUCAUUUUUGGAGCCAUUCUUACUGUCAUAGGAUCUUCUUCCUGGUCUCUCUUCGUAAUCUAUCAGAUGAUUAAGAAUAUUAUCGUUCAUCUCUGA